CCCAGAACGGAACUGCUUGUUCGGCCAUUAGAAACAGUACUGAAUGGCAAACAAAACUGGAGAUUAUUAUGUUUUAGUGUAUUUAUUACUUUUGACAGGAUCCCCUGAUCUGAGAUAAAACAUUCGUUUUAAUAUUGAGACUUAAUGUUACCGGCAAUGUCAUAGAUAGGUGGUGUAGAAAGGAAUUUCGUUGUUCAAUUCACAAAAUUGUUCUGCUCAUGAAUGAAAUGUGAGAAAACCCGUUGGACUAUCGAAGGCAGAGAGAUCAGGCUUCGCUUCGUGUUGGACCAACCUGUACUAUGAGUGGUCGACCAAGGACAACAUCAUUUGCUGAAGGUGGAAAAUCAGGCCAAAACGCAACAUUUGGAGGGAUGAGAACCACCAGUAAGUGCUGACUUUUUAUGUCAGCCAUGCUGUUGAGACAAUCAAAAUGGCGGUCUAUCACUAUCGACUCAUUCCCCCACUUUAUUUGACUUUAUACUAGUACUAGUCAUUAGGACUCGGGCACAACUCUUGGGUUAUAAUAUAGUAAAGACCUGUACCAUCCUUUUCAUUUAAAAUAUAACCUGACUCAUUUUUCAUUUCCCCCAAAAUUUAAUGAUAUUCUAAUUAAAACAAGAAGUGUACUUCCAGGUUACCACCACCACAAUUCUCUGAAUUGUUAAGAUUUUGUAACAAGCCCCUUUUACCUACUAAAUACGUCUUAACAUAAUUGCUAUGAACAGGCCUUAAUUAGUAAAUACCAUCAGUUUUCAAUCGAUACUACAAAUUUCACUGACUUCUGGAGUUAGUCAGUUACCGGUACUAAGUUAAGUUAGACUUUACUUUCAGGUAAUUUUUAGGCUACAAAUAGCUUAUUACUAUAAUUUAAUAAUAUUAGGUUAGGUCUCAACUUAAACUUAACUGAAGUUCAGAGUCUUCAUUUAAUUGGGCAUAUGGCAUUAGGAUUAAGCUAUUAUUCUUAGGUAGGGGUUGAUUUUGGGUUAGGGGUAAGGUCGGCAAUGUGUUCCACGGUAUAUUAUAUAUAGGUCACAGAGGUUCCCCCAGAUCCACUUCUGUCCACAGCUUCGCUCUAAAAAGAUUUAGAUGUUUGUAUUCACAUAAUGCGAGUUAUUGUAUUUUUAUUUUAUAUCUUUGAAAUUUGGGAGGGGUCACCUCCCCAGAGGAUUUCUUUGUUUCUUAUUUUGAUAUUUAAAGUCCAGUUGCUAGAGGAUAAUUCCAAAUGCAAUUUAAGCAGUAGUCUCCCCUUCGCUACCAAAGCUUUAACUUACAGGUAUUUUGAUUUUCAACCAAUCAAAAUACAGCACUUUUGGCAUGCAUAUUUUUUUUUCACAGUUGUUGGGUCUAUGGGUAUCAGUAAGGAUGUAGGAUGUAAUUCUUGUUCUUAAAUUAGGACUAGAGCUUAAUUUUUAAUAUCUCAUAAAUAAAGGCAGUGUCCGCGCCGAGCGUAUAUCUCCCGCACUAUUUGUCCGGCAACCAAGUCACAUGACCGCCGGAAGACUACUUUAUCGAGAUAUUCGUCCCGCGACCAGGUCACAUGACCGCCGUAACAAAGUGGCGAGAGAUAUUUUGUCCAUCAGCCUUAUCACGUGACCGCGAAUGAUUCAAAACUAUUGUUAAUUUUAAAAUCUAUUUCUCUACCAAGUAAUGUACAUCUUGCAUGCAAAUAAUAGAAAAAAACUUAAGUCUUAAGUGAAAGUGGCUUGUAAACAUUUUUGUUUAGUUUGUUAUUUGAGUUUGUGUACCAGUAAUCCAUAACAUAAAUAGCUACAAAAUAUUCCUCAUGAAACUACUGUUGCUGAAGAACAUGAUAAUUUAAAUAUAGUAUAAAAUAUUUGUAAUUAAAACGGGAAGAAAAAAAACAAUCCUAUCCUCGGUAUUGAUCCUCAAAUCAUAAUAUGGUCAAGCGACCACUCUACCAGUAGACCACACAAGAUCUACUAAAUUGCAUUUCGUUCGGAAUUAUAUAAACUACUAGCCGUCCGGCGGUCACGUGACAUGCCGCCGGACGUAUAUCUUGCGCACUAUUUGCACGUGUAGACACUUCGAUAAAUAAAUAAAUGUUUGGCCAAACUAGGGUAGGCCUACAUGAAACAUGUAGUUCUUUUCAAAAUAACAUAAUAAAUUAAGACUCUAGAUUAAAACAUUCUCUCCCCAAUCAUGAUAAAUUACAGGCACAGAGUAAAUGCUUACUGAUAGUUUUCAGUGACCAUUUAGUUUUCAGUGACCAUUUACCUUAUUCACCCCAUUUAUCUUUUACACUUGCUUAAUUAUCCAACAAUGAGUUAAAAAAUACCUCUUAAAUUAGGCUUAUUAUAUGUUAGGUUAUAUUUUUUCAGGCUUGUAGUGAAACUCCAAUUUAUUUUCAAUUAUUUUAGGCUUAGUUCAAUUGAUUUUUAAAUUUUAAAGUUCGUCCAUAGGGCCCAGCCUUAACUAUUAUUUAGUUUAUGUGGUAUGAUUCUUUGUAACACCAUUUUCAAAAUGAAUUGAACGCCUUAUUGAAUUGCUUAGCCUAUAGAAACAUUAAAUUGAGCAUCUCAAUCCAUCAUUACAUAUCUAGUGUGUAGGCCCUAAUGCAACAUGUAAGUUUGAAUAAGUCACAUUUGAACAUUGUCUUCUUUUUUUAAUAGGAUCUGCCUUGACAUAUUUAAAACAGAAUAAAAAAAAUAUGGAAAAAGAAUUAGGUCUAUUAAUGUCUACAUUUAUUUGAGUAGGUCUAGUCUUGUAUGAUGCGCUCUUUAAAACUACUUAUAGGCUUAUGAAUAGAUAGGGCUUUAAACACAAAAGUUACCUAAGGCCUAUUCAUUCUUAGUUAAAAAUAACUUAUUUCUUACACUAGUUUAAGUUAGGAAAACAAUGUAAAAUAGCAAUUAGGUCUAAUACAUAUUUUUAAGGUUUUAAUCAACAAUCAUAAAUUUUAAUAAAGUGUCUGUAAUGAACUAUCAUGAAUUAUAAAAUCUGAGAACGUCCUGUAUAGGCUUAUUACAACAAUUAUUAAGGCCUCAUAAAUUAUUAUAAAUGUGCUGCACAUUGAAAUCAAUAAAUUAUUUCUUAAGAGUAAAUAAAAUAUUAAGUUUGCCUACAAACAAGAUUUAGGCCUAUAUUAUAGGCCUAUAAAAAUAUGCUUAAUUAAUGACAUGGACAUGUGACUUACGAGGAGUUAACUCACAAUCUAAAUUGCCAGGAAGCCAUUUUGGGUUGACCUGCCUUACAAGAUAAAAAUUCGAACAUCAUUUUACCACUCAGUAAUUUAGUUUACAUUUUAGAACCUUGCUUUUGUUGACCAGUAUUGGUAUCCCUUAAAAUAACACAAAUUAAUCAUCCAUUGGCCUAACUCUGAAAUUAAAACUUUACAUUAGACAUGCUAAAAAUGCGCAGUUAUUUUUAUAAUGAAUCAGUAUUAUGACUAAAGUUAAAGGAAGACUGGUCUUGAGGAUCCAUUUUGCUAAUUUUGUUUUUUUCAUAAAAUAUUGCAAGUGUUUUGUUUUUUAAGCUUGAACAUAAACAUCAACAUAAGCAGUAGGUCUACAUUGUUUUAUACAGCACAGAUUAUUGAAUGUGUUGUCAUAAUGUUGAAUGUAGGGGGCUGAGCAUUAUGUCAAACUAAUUAGCUUUUGAUUUUCCAAGUCAACAUUACAUUUUUAUUUACCAAAAUUAUUUUUUUUUAAACUGUAAUCUGUCAACUAGGUAUUCUGUCAUGCCCUGUUUCAGUUAGACUUUACUGCAUUUUUAUACAUCACUUUAAAGUUGUGGGGAUGUGGAAUCAUAUCAAUCUACUGAUUGGUGAAAGUUAGAGACCCCCUGCUUUUCCUUAUUGGUUGUGUGUAUGUAAAUUAUAAUUAUUAUUUAAACAGUGCAGUAUUUGAAUUGUUGAAUUUCGGUGGGUUAUAUAUAUGACGGAGAAGAAAGCUUUUUUUUCAAAAUGGUUACCUUGAUACUAAUUCUGGUUAGUGCUGAUUGUGUUAAGUAAUGAUCUCUUCUUUAAGGGUUACUUUCUGGUAACUCUUAUAUACCACAAUUAGCAAAGACAAUUAAAACCAGACCUGUUUACUCUUAUGAUUUUGGCAUAUAGUGUACGUUUUUUAGAGGUCUUUUACGAUUGUACAUGCAACCUUUCAGACCCUAUGAGAUCUGAUGAAAAAAUAUAUUACAUUUUUUUUUUCACGACUUGAAAAAAAACCCAACUUUUUUGUUGUUCGCUUUAACUCCUUUUUACACCUAGCAGUUAAUGGACAGAAAUACAAUUGGCUGGGGACUAUCCUUAAUUGUUAAUGUACACACUAGGGGUGUGCCGGAAUCCGGUCCGGAAUCCGGUUCCACCGGAUUUUGCACUAUCCGGUGAAAUCCGGUUCCGCCGGAUUUACAUGUAUCCGAAACAACCGGAUUCCGGAAUAUACCGGAUUUCGGAAUUUGCCAGAUUUUGUGACUCACCGGAUCAUAAUCUGAAAUAAAAGUAAUUCUCUUUCCAGUAUUCCACACGAUCACGAUACAUUAAUCGAUUGUUUCUAGCGUUGAGCUUGUUUAAUGUUUAAUAUUCCGUACAUACCAGAGGCUAGAGUCAGCACCGCUAAUAGUGGCCAAUAGUGUAGGGACUUUGAUAAGAAAAUUUAAACUUUUUGUAAAAAUAAACCAAUGGCAUAGUUGAAAAGAUGUAAUUUUUUAAAGAAUUAUAACACCAAAAUCAUAUUUUUAGCUGUUGUAGUUUUAAAGUUAUGAAUUUUUAAAGUACGACUUGGUUUGUCAUUUUUUAACAUGGACUGCAUCUCCACAUUCUGUGAUCUCAUUCCGCCAAUCCCGUCAUGCGCAAUGACUAUAUAGUUUAUAUAAGGCAACGCAUUCCCUGCCUUAUCACUAAAAUACUGUUUAGACUUAGUUUAAACUUUCAACUUUGGCACAUGAAUAAUUAAUUAAAGCUUUCCCUGACCAAUGGUUUAAUAGUUUUUGCACACGGCAAACUCUUAUGAAUGAAACUCUGAGGUAGUACUACGAUACAGUUAUGCAAGUGGCUGUGAAUGGUUGCCAAUGACAACGUGUUGCACACGGUAAAUUCUGAUCAUUUAUAAUAUGGAUUCUACCGGGUUGUUAAAGCUCAAAUUAAAACAUUCCAGUUUAAAUGUCUUUAAAUGCAUUCUGAAACACAAGUUAUCAAUUAUUUUGAUGUAAAUAGUGAUAAUAUAUUAAUAUUUCCUAAGUAUCGUCAACUUCCGCCAUUAAAAAGGGGGGCGUGGCCAACCCCAUGGCGAAAUUAGGUUGAGCGAGCUGCAUGACCUGCUGCGAACGCGUAGAAACAUGGCGUCUCUCGAAAGACACUUAUCCAAAUGGAACGGAACUCAAAUAUAUAUCGAAAGUACUAAUUUAAUAAUAAAUAGACACACACAUCGGAAAAUUAAAAACUCGGAUUUUUUGGCGCCGAUUGCGAAUUCCCAUACACAGAAAGUAGUAGUCCACCUUGACUUACCGAAGUAUCUACCAAUAGUACCGGAAUCCGGAUUAUUCCGGAAUCCGGAUCCGGCGGAUUUCGCAUAAGAAAAUCCGGAUCCGGUUGGAAAAAACGGAUCCGGCACACCCCUAGUACACACUGAGAGGGGGAAAAAGGUGGUGUUGACUUGGAUGUGUAUUUUUAAAGGCUAUAAAGUAACACAACCGCGUUUCAUAAUGAUAGUCAUAGUGUUGCUUUGUUUUCACAAUGAACUCGCAAGAUACAGCAGCAUUAAUUAAUAUUUAGCAUAUUUGCCAUAGUGAAAAAUUUAGUGAACAUUCGCCUAUUUUUGCUUUGGUGCUGUAUGGUGUUAUUUUGCGACAUAACCUAAUUAUUUAGUUCUUGGCUGAGUGGUAGCAAUUGAGAAAAAAAAUACAGUUUUUUUUUAAAAAUGCAUGCUCAACCACAGCAACGUUAGAUUUGGACAUAUUUUAUAAGAUAUAGUAUGCUGCAUUUGAAAUCUAUUUUCAAAAGUCACUAAGCAGCUAUACAAUUUUAAUACACCUCUUCCCUUCUCCCAAUGCAGCUUGCAGUAGUUAUUAGACUACAAAAAAAAUAACGGAAAAUAAAAUCAGGCUCCUAGGCUUAAUACAUGGGUGAGUUUUUUUUUACCCAACUCUUUUAGUAAAAAUAAGUAAUCUACAUACGAAUGUGAACUUCUUUGUGCUCAUAGCUAGAAUCUAUAUAUGGUAAUAUAAAGCACUGGUCAGUUCAGCAAGGCAGCUAGUCUUAGAAAGAAGGUAGAAGAGUAACAAAAAUUUGUACCACUAAAAACAACAGUCACCUUGGUCAGCGACUAAAAGUAACAUUCUUUCCCUAUCCUAACACAUCCAAUAAUCCUAAUAAUAAACAUAGAUGAAAAUGAUAAAUAUGUAUUUUCUAUUCCUUCAAAGUGAACAUCUUAAUAACACGCUUAUGAUUAUUUUUCUUCAUGAACUUAACAAUGAUUAAGAUGGUAAAGUAGACCUGUCGAAAAUUAGUCCAUAUUUUCACUAUGUGGGAGUAAAUUUAUUCCGGUAUCUGAGAUUUGAUAUUGUUAAGGGUGUGAAACUAGACACUAAGAUUUGAAAUUUAUUUUAACAUUAUUCAGAAUAUGGUCAGGUGUGCCAUUGAUUUCUCUACAUUCACAUUUUUUCUUGAAAUAAGUCAUCAGUUGAUGAUAAUUUUAAAAAAUUGAAUUAGAUGAGGCUUUUUCUUUCUGAAAACUCAAUUAAGCAUCUAAACAACAUCAAAAGUGUUCAUUUUAAAAUGUCUAUUAUUGUUCAGGUUUUAUGCAGUUGUCCAAAUGUUCUGUCCUGUUCAAAUGGAUUUUUCAAGUUACUUAGUGAUAUAUUUAUUAGUCCCUUCAUGAAUAUGUAAUACAUUUAAUAGUAAAGAGUUUCUGACUCCAAAUUUACAAUUCCGCUACACUUUUAAAAUUGCGAAGCAAAUAAAGAGUUAGUGGAUGCAACAAAACACCUAAUAAUUAUUCCUUUUGAAGGAUGAACAGGUUUUUUUUAACAUUAAAAACUAUUAAUUGAGACUUUACAUUUUAUUGUUUACUUUAUUGUAAAUAGCGGUCAAUCAGUCCUGUUAUCAUAAAAUGGGGGUUUACAAAAGACUCCAUCUGGUGGUGACCCACUGGCCCUACUCCCUUAUCUUCUUCUUAAUCACCUUUGUUAGUAGUAGGGGUAAUAUCUAGACUUCAUUUAUUUUAAUCAAAGCAGAGUCAAAAAAUCACCGCUUGGAUUGUCUCAAAUGAGGUUCUCAUUUUUCAAAUAUUUACAUGUUUUUUUACCCUUAUUUCGAUUUUGCUUUUUCUCUCCUGGUGUUAGUUUUCACGUUUUAUUUUUGUUAUUUCAUUUCUAACCAGUGAAAUGCAUUUUUAUUCCUAGUGUAUUAUCUUUAUUUAUGUAGCUAUUCUAUAAUUUAAUGUUUUAUGUUUAGUUUUUAAUACAGUACACAAAUAAUUUAGUUAGCAAAAACUUAAGUGAAAUAAACGUGGAAGUGGUUAAUAUUAGAGAGCUAGUUUUCAGUUUUUGUGUAAAUAAAUAAACUUUUAAUCUACCAGUGCUGUCUUUACCCAGCCGCUUGUCUGCUUAUUAACCGUAAAGUGUUUGUUAUUUUAAUUUUGCUUAAAUUGGAUAUCAUUUUGUUCCUAAUCUGUCCUUAGCUUUUCUUCGUUUUGCUUAGUUUGAAAAUAAUAUGAGAAUGUUAGUCAUUUCAACACAUAGCCCAUUGGCGAAAAGUAAUUUGAGAAAUAGAUAACACAUUUUCGCAAUAUUAGAAUAUUCAUUAUAUUACAGAAAAGACAAAUUUAAAAAAAAAUUGUUAGACAUUUAUUUAUGUAAUGGGUUAUUUGCUGUGAUCCUAUAUAAUAAAUAUUGUAAUCUUAAUUAGCCUGGAGGAUUAAAAUUAAGGUCUUUACUAGGGAUGUUAUAUAUAGUUUAAAUAUAUUGUCAUAUUUUUUUUGACUGAUUGUUGUAAAAAUCCAAUUUUAAACUGAUAAUCCUUUUAUUCACCUUUAUAGUGAUAUUUCUUAUAAUUCAAGUAACUGUAAGCUUAUUUCUUAGCUUGUAAGCUGGAUUAAUCACAAAUUAAUUUUUAAAAAAUUGACAGUUAAUCUAUUUUAAGAGAUGGAAUCUAUUUUAAGAGAUGGAAUCUAUUUUAAGAGAUGACUCUGUGGUUUUUAAAAAGUGUCAUUGAAAUGUAAAAACCUUUAAUCUAUUAAUAAUUUCAUGAUUUUCAACACAGAAAUGAUGGCAAAGAAAAUCAAUAUUUUGUAAUGAAAAAAACAACACAAACAACUGAUAGUCAUGGUCAUAACUGAUAUUUGGAUUUAUCAAUAUCAGUAUUAUUUAAAACUGCAUUAAUUAUUUUAAAACAUCAUACAUACAAAUAAAUUAAACAUCUGUUAAAAGGAUGUCAAAAUGACUUAUCUUAAUCUAUUUGGGUUUAUCAGUUAUCUAUAUCUUCUCAUUACGAAAAUUUUAAUUUGAAAAGACUAUUUUAUUUAUUGAUAUAUUAAAAUUUUAAUUUGAAACCAUUUUAUUUUUUGGUGUGAUCUUAAAAUACCUUUAUAAAAAUUUGUAUUAUGUGACUUUAAAAUAAUUUUAACCACAGUCCUUUAAUUCAUGUGUGCAGCUUUAGUUGUUAACCACUUACAUAUAUUAUUUUGAAUAAAACUGACUAAUACUGCUGUUAAUUUCAAUUUUAAGAUAUUAGUUAUAUCAAGUAUACACUUUUAAAUUUUUCAAACUAAACAAUUUUGGAUUCAUUUAUUUAAACUAAAUAAGCUGACAGAAUAUACAAAUUCAUGAACAUUUUGUCUUCUCUAUUACACUAAAAAGGUUCUUUAAUUAUUAAUUAUGUCAUUCAUACCUGUACAUAAAAUAAAUAUUAAGAGAAGUAAUUUAUAAUUAGUCUAUAAUCCAGUUUUAAAAAAAAGUAGAGUGCAAUUUUAUUAAGAUGAUCAACAUUAAAUAAAAUAAAAUACUUACAGGCAAAGAUGGAAACAAAGUCACAACGGUCCUGGCCACUGCUGGCCAGGGGUCCGAUCGACCCCAGGAGGUCAGCUACAUAGAUGCCAAGGUCAUUGGAAAUGGUUCAUUUGGUGUUGUUUACCAGGCAAAGUUGGUAGAUACUGGUGAACUUGUUGCCAUUAAAAAGGUUUUACAAGACAAAAGGUUCAAAGUAAGUUAUGCUUCCUCAGUUUUGAAUUUUUGAAAGCAUUCUUUGAAAUAAAUUAUAUCUUUAACACAUUUUGGUUAUAAUAUCAUAUAUGGAUCUUGUUGUAAGGUAGCCAAUAACUUUUACAUCUUUAACAAUGAAAUGUUACAUAACUUUUCAGAAUCGAGAACUCCAGAUUAUGCGCAAACUAGAGCAUCAAAAUAUAGUCAAGCUUAAGUAUUUCUUUUACUCAUCUGGUGAAAAGGUGGGUGAGAAAGUUGUUAUAUAUUAGCUGGAUAACUUAAUCACAUCUAGAAUUUGUCACAGGGGAAAUAUUUAUAUCAAUCCUUAGUGUGAGGGAUAUUUUUUAUAAAUGGCCAAUCAUGAUGUUAUAUUUUGUCAGUUCAUUCUUCAUUUGUUUUUACAUCAUAGGCCUCGUGGGUCAAUUUUUAUAUUUUUAUAUAUGCUGUACACCAAUCUAGUACUGUUGAUGCUGUGAGCAUGUCCUUGACAGUGCUACAUAGGUGGUGAGUUUGAUUAAAUGACCAGAUAGACUUCAGCAUCUGAUCUAAAAGCCAGUUUGCUAUUUACAGAAAGAUGAAGUCUUCUUAAACUUGGUGUUAGAGUAUGUACCUGAAACUGUAUAUCGUGUAGCUCGACAUUACAGUAAAACCAAACAGACUAUACCUGUAUUAUACAUCAAGGUUAGUCAUCAACUUUGUACUUUUAAGUGAGUUUUAAAAAAAUGCAAUGAUCUCUUUUUUAAUAGUAGUUUUAAAAGAAAAGUGUUCCACAGCGUUACAUAGAAACAUUGGUUGUCCAAAAAUAAAAUGGCACUUAUUUGUCCAAGGCAGGAUUGCAUCUUAAUUAGGAAGUAGUGUUGGGUGACCUAAUGCUGUUUUUAAAAAAAAGAAAAAAAUAUCCUUAGAAGUGUAAAAUAAAAAAAUAAACCAACCAUUUAAAAUAUUUAAAAAUUUAUUAUAUUUAAUUUAUAACCCAAUUUUAUCCUUGUUGAUAAUUUGAAAUAUGGCCUUUCACAGUUUAGAUGGAAUUCGAAUGGAUAUUUAAAAAAAAAAAUCUUUCCUCCCAUUGAUAGGCAAGGGAACAACAGGGUAGACAUUUUCACCGGUUACUGAAUCUUUUAAGAAGUACCAUUUACUAAAUCUGGUAUGAAUCCGAGUCAUUUGUAUAUUAUUCAUAAUGAAACUUAAAGUAUAUUGCUGCGUUCCACAUAUAAUUACAUGUCUGCGUAUAAUAAAUAAUGCGAACUGUUGAUCUAAUAAUAAUUUACAAAUGAAUGAAAUAAAUAUUUUUUAUAUAUAUAUAUAUAAACGACAAAAAUCCUUUAAAUUAUAUAUAAAAUAAAAUAAUAUUUAAAAUGAACUGCGGUCAUACCAAUACAACAAUGAUAAUAUUUCUUCAAAAGGUGCUACUAACAUUACUGGUGUUAUCCACAGAUACUAUGUGCCCUUGAUCGCCGAAUGGUUGCAUAGACAUUAGUAGACAUAUAAUAAUGUAUCGUUUGUUUACCAGAAAUGACAAACACUUUAUUGACCCAUAGGGCAUAGAGUAAAAAAAAACAAACUUCUAUCCACAUGGCAAUAUGGUAAUUUAUAAGUUUAUAAGACAUAUGACAGUAAACUCACUAACUUUGUGAAGUCGGCUGAUAUUAACUUUACUUUGUUAAUUUAAAUACAGGAAUCAAUAUUGCUAAUACUACAGCUAGCAUAAUUAACUGAUCAAUUAUCUAUAGUUAGAUCUAAAUUACUAUCAAAUUCAUCGUCUGAAUCCAUUUUUUUUUUUUAUUACUAUUGAUAGGUUAAAAAAAAAAACUCAAAAUUUUAUUAAAAUAUAUAAAAGAUGUGAUUUAUCCAUUUUGGAAGGAUGUAAACAGGUUAGAAUGUGUGCGCAGCAAAUUUUAUAUCCUGUGCAAAUAAAGUUAGUGUUAGCAAAUUUUUUUUUUCUUUCUGGGUUUUGGUGGGAAAUGAACAUCCGAUCCACCCAUUUUAAUAAGCAAAUUUAUUGAAUAUCUCUAUAAAAUUUAAUUGUGAAAUAAAUAUUUCGAUCCACAUCAGUAUUAACAGUAUUAUUUGCCGAUGCGAAGACUUGAAUAUCCUGUUGUUCCCUAAUGUAGGCUCCUAUGAGCAUUUAGAACAAAUGUAUAUCAACUGUAAUGGUUCCCAUUUAUUAAAAAAAAACUAUAUUGAAUUUCUCAAUCACAGCUCUACAUGUACCAGUUGUUCCGUAGUCUAGCUUACAUCCACUCUCAGGGUGUGUGUCAUCGAGACAUCAAACCUCAAAAUUUGCUGCUAGACCCUGAGACAGGGGUGCUCAAACUCUGUGAUUUUGGAAGGUUAGUUUUUAAAAUUGUACAAUGACUAGUACCCCCACUUGACUUUGAACAAGUCUUUAGUUACGAAUGCCAGUCAGUGAAUUUAAAAAUUUGAACCUGUGAUUCCACUUAAUAGAUAUGUGUGUUACAAAUCCAUACCGUGUCAGACGAUAUUUUGGUCUCCCAUACCUUACCCUAGGUUAACAGUCCCUUUAAAGAAAAUGUUUUAAAUUUCGAAGUUAAACCUUACCAUGUGACUUACAAAAGGUCACAGCAUUGUUUUUGUUAUAUAUUAGCAAUGUUUUUUAUGAAGAAAAAGCAAAGUUUGCUAUUCUAAAGGACUGAAAACCAGAGCAGAUUGAUUAUAAUGUAAAUGAUUCAAAGGAUCAUCAAGUAAUUAACUAACAGAGAUUAGAAAAGCAAAUAGAUAUUGAUAGUGACGAUCAAUGGACUUCAACCUUUCUAGUCAUUGAAUGUGUGCUUUGGGAAACAAAAGGUCUAUUCCAAGUCCUGGGUUUUAUGAAAAUUGGGAGCCUGAAAAUGACAGUCUACUAUGCUAUUCUACACUCAUUUGUUGCCAAUUUUAUCCCUGUGAUAUAUUUUAUAAUAGUAAUGGACUACUAAUAGAAAAAUUUAGAUUGAAAUAAAUUUAUAUAAUUUUAUGAUAAUGGAGUGUUUUCUCAUGGUGUCGUAAAUUUUCCCCCAGCGCAUAGGGCAUGAGUAGUUUAGGACCAGGAGCCAAGGGUUUAAGAGUUAAAUGAUUAAUAUUCAUGUACAAUUUAAUGUAGAGUGAAAGCAUAUGUCAUUUACAUCUAUAAAUUAUUGGUUCUUUUUGUAAAAGUGAAUAUAUAUAUACAAAAUUAAUCUAAAUUAAACUAAUAUGUAAUGCUUUUGUAUACUUGCAUAUGACAUGAAAAGAAUUUAUUGACAUUAAUAGUUAUAUAACAAUUAAACUUGUAUGGCAUGAUAUAUUUAAAGCAAUAUUGGAACAAGUGGAGGUGUGAUAGAAUAGUUGUUUUGUUUUUGCUUACAUUUAUAGCACUGCGGUUACUCUUUAAACACAGGAUUCUGAAUUAGUGAAAAUUAUUUUUACUAUUAUUAUUCUAGAUUCCUCUUUAAAUAUAUGAAACAAUUUUUUAUUUAUUGGAAAUAUAUUUUAGAGAUUAGGAUCUUUCUAGAAUUUCUGGGGUUAACAUAAAAAUGUAAUUAAAAGAAAAAGUAAUUUUAAUCGCUUAUAAUUUAUGUGACAUAUGCCAUUACGCUUUAUCUUUUUAAUGAAACACAGGUAAUGGACAUAUAAGGAAAAUAUAAUUAUAUAAUGUAAUACAUUACAUGUUUUCAGUAAAUUUUUCUUCUACUUUUUCAACAGUGCAAAAGUAUUAGUAAGAGGGGAGCCAAAUGUGUCAUACAUUUGUUCACGCUACUACCGUGCUCCUGAGUUGAUAUUCGGCGCCACAGAUUACACUUGUCAAAUAGGUAGGUUGCUUGGUAGGACAGUGAAGACUGAAAUAUUUAGGAGACAACUACUGUACUGGCACUUGUGAUCUUCAAGUUAAUCAUGAGGGUAAAACAAUCUAAGUAUUUUUGGGAUAGUGUUUAUUAAUUUUAUUUAAAAGUUUUUUGUAUUUUUUAUACCAAAGUCUUUGAUAGAUAAUUGUUUUCACAGGAUUUAUAAAUGUACUCUUACUCUUUUUUCAUCAUAAUAAUAUGGCAUAAAACUAUAACCAUAAAAAUCAUUAAUUUUUUCUUUAAAAAAUAAUUUCUAUUUCUGUUGAUUUAAAAUUGCCAAUGAAUUGUAAAACUUAAAAAAAUAUAAGCUGUUAUAAAAACUAUCAAGGUAUGUAGAAUGAAUUGGACAUUUUGAAUAUUGUAGGUAGGAUAUAAUAUGACCUGUACUUUUCCCAGAUGUAUGGUCAGCUGGCUGUGUCCUAGCUGAGUUGUUGUUAGGCCAACCAAUCUUCCCUGGUGACAGUGGUGUGGACCAGCUUGUAGAGAUCAUCAAAGUCCUUGGUACCCCAACCCGUGAGCAGAUCCGAGAGAUGAACCCAAAUUAUUCCGAGUUUAAAUUUCCUCAGAUUAAAGCACACCCUUGGUCAAAGGUACAACUCUAAAUAAUCCAUAAUAUAUUUAAACAGUUUUCAAUUGUAUAAAUUAUGUAUGUUUAUGUGUUGGCACUUAACUCUUGUUUAGUUAUAUUAUUCUCUCUCCUCUACUUACAUACUUGACUUUUUAUUAAUAGCCUGUAUACCAACUUUCAGUAUAAAAUUUUCAAAAUUUUAAAAAAAUAAUUUUUUUUUUAUGAAAGCACAUUUUAUUACACUUAUGAUACUUAAGAUAAUAUAGCUGAAAUCAGAAAGCUUUCAUCAAUAACUGAGAUCAUGGUGUCAGUCCCCUUUUUUUACGAUUUUUUGCUAAGGCACUGAAUUUCUCUUAAAUAAGAGGGGCUUAGAUAAUGAAAUAAUAUUUUCUCCAUAAAAAAUUUAUAGACAGCAUGCAUGAACAGGAAAAUUUUGUGACUUAUAAAUAAAUUAACUAGUUACUUUACUUGUUUUGUUUUAUUUAAGGUGUUUCGGCCCCGUACUCCUCCUGAAGCUAUACUUUUAGUUAGCCGUCUGCUGGAGUACACACCAUCAGGUCGCAUCACACCUCUAGAGGCCUGCUCCCAUUCAUUUUUUGAUGAACUUCGUGAUCCAGCUACCCGCCUGCCCAAUGGACGAGAUCUACCACAGCUGUUCAAUUUUACUCAAACUGGUAAAGGCUCAACCACUAAAAUUAUAAAUGCUUUUAACAUCCUUUUUUAAUUACUUAAAAUGAGCUGUGGUUUAACUAAAUAAACAAUGCUUAUAUGCUACCAAGGGGUUACUACUUACAUCACUACAUUUAUACGCAGAUAAGAUGCGUGCUUGGUUGCUGAAUGCCAGAGGUUUAAGUACAUUUGGCGCAUAGAUAUUAAUAUAUAUUGUAUGUUGAAAAAUUGCUUACACGCUUAUGCAAACACGUAACCGUUGCAUUUUUUAACCCUAAAUUUCUCACAUUAUUCACGAUAAUAUUUAGUAAUUAUCUAUUUUCUGGUGCAACAAUGUUUGCUCAAACAAUCAAGUUUUAAUUUCACUCCAACUUGGCAGCUUUUCUAAAUGACCCUAGUGCUAAAAGUACUUAAGUCACAUUUUUGUCAAAAUCAAUAUAAACUGUGACCUUUUCUUAUCAGAUAUAGCUAAGUUCACUGCAGAAAUUUGAACACUGUAAAAUUUACAUAAGUCCUUUAAAUAAACAAGACAAAAUAUGAAAAUGAUCACAUUUGAUAGACGAAAAGAAUAUUUGAACGUGAUUAUCUCAAAAUUAGCAUUUUGUGACUUAAGUACUUUUAGCACUAAGGUCUUCUGAGUGUUUGAGUUGUUCAAGGUUUACCUCAUCCCCAAAAAUAACUGCAUUACCUGGUUAAUGACUUCUUCUACAGAUUAUAAACUCUUUGCUGGGUAUUUCCUCUUGACCUGUUACCCCUUUGUAGAGAGGCAGACACAUUAGCGUUGUACCCAUGGGACCGACAUUGUUAUAUUAAAUUAAGUGAUUGAAUACACUUUUCCUGAUUAUAGCUAGCUGGAAAAGAUGGUAGACAAAUUCAUCCCAACAAGUGUUUGCGAAAUACAUAUGUUUUCAAAUCGGUUUUGAAAGAAUCAGUUGCCUGGCUGUUUCUGAGAGCGACAGGAAGUGUGUUCCCAUUUGUUGGGCCAGCAAAUGCGAACGUGCGCCGUAAGUCUCAAGGCGAACGAGUGGUAUCGAGAGUUUGCCACUAUCGGAUGAGCGGAGUUGUCUAAUGGGUACAUAAGGCGUUAUGAGCGCUUUGAGAUAGGAUGGCGCCAGGUCAUUAUGCUACCGCAGACUGGCAGCCAAUGCAACUCUCUCAGAAGUGUUUUAGCAUGGUCAAAUUUGUGUUUGCGAAAAACAAUGCGAGCCGCAUUAUUCUGUCUUUUUGAAUUUUAUCUAGGAGCGUAGCUGGAAGACCCACCAUGAGAGCAUAACAGUAGUCCAUGCGUGAUAGCACGAAUGCAGACAUCAGCCUCUUUGUUGCAUCAAAUGUUAAGACAGGUCUGAUAUGACUAAUUCUGCGCAGCUCUAGAAAAAUCACCUCCAAAUCAUGUUAAUGUGAUUUUUCCAAUGUGAUUGUUUGAGCAAAUUCAAUCCAUAUACCUGAGAGAGAAAGGCGUGGUGUGUUAUUUACAGAUUUUAGCUUUUGAGCGGUAGCAAUGGGGAUCAGCUUGGUCUUUUCAUAGUUCAAAUUGAGCUUGUUUAUGUUCAUCCAGUGCUUAACUGACUCCACUGUCUUCUGUGUCAUACUAAGAAGCUGAGGGAACUGAGAGGGGGUCACGGAUCGCUGAAGUUGGGUAUCAUCCGCGAUCAUGUGAUGGAGCAUAUCAAACUGCUUGUUCACUGCACCCAAGGGCUGAACGUACAUAGUGAAAAGCACUGAACCUAGGACAGAGCCCUGGGGUACUCCGAAUUCAAUAAUAAAUUGCUUCGAGGUCAAGCCAUUUGCGAUAACUGAUUGGACCCGAUUUGUGAGAUACUAGCGGAAUCAUCUCAGGACGGUAUUGGUGAAACCGAAAGUUUUUUUGCAGACAUUGUAGAAGUAUGCCGUGGUCAAGCAUAUCGAAUAAGGGGUCGCAAAGGUUUAUUAUUUAAAUCCAAACUGGGGGCUUGGAAUUUUUUAUGAGGCCUAUUAGUUUUCAAGGGCUUAGCAUUUAAAAAAUGUAGGCCGUUUCCUGCAUUAUUUUCAGUUUUGUCUGCACUGAUUAUUUAUAUGGUGACAUGAGCUCUUUAUAAUAUUAAUGAAUAAUUCAUCCUGAAAUGGAAUUGCACCCUUAAAAAUGUUGCACACAAAGGCAAACACUAAAAUAGAUGGAGGAUAUUAAGCUUUGUAUUUGUUGUUUAUUUAUUUCAUGGGUAGUUCAUUUAGUUAUUUAUGCUUACAAAUUAGUUCAAAUUAAAUUAUAUUCCAAAAAUAACCAUACCAAUUCAAUAAGGACUAAAUAUCCCUUUUUUUCGAUUUGAAAUAAUUAAAGUCUCCUUUUCAUUCAAACAUAUUUCUAAAAAUACUCUAUAUCAGUGCUGUCCAGUAUCUUAAAAGCUUGAUUUUUAUGAUAGUUAUGACAAUUUAUGGAGUAUUAGGGUAGAAUGCAGAAGUUGAGUAGUAAAAUAUUACUCACUCUGUAAAGGACAAAGGCAAUAUCAACAUACAUAAUAUAAAAACAAAUUCUUUUCAAACCAUAAGAUAUGUUGUCCAAAGUAUUUUCAGAAAAUGUAUACUUGUAAGGCUAUCUGAAUUCAUUUAGUAUGGUAUUUUGUCAUUAUUGAUAAGCAUAAGAAAAUGCUGAAAAUGGCUUGGAACUACCGCAAAAUGCACUUGGCAGUUGUAGGGUUAGUUAAUAUUGGAAAAAACUGACAAAAUUUUUUUUUUUAUGCGGCCCUCUGUUUUGCAAAAGAAAACAAGUUAGCUCACAAAGUCAAAAAGGUUGGACAGCACUGUUCUAUAUAAGUAGUGAAAAAUUAAACCAUAGUAGAGUGAGACUUAUCUUUAUUAUUAAUUUAGAUUUACGUUAUAUGUUACUGUCCAUUCACCUGUCCUAGCAUUUAUUCUAGAUGAAAAGCCCAUGUGUCUUGAGAAAAUCAUAUGUUUGCAAUACUCCAACCAAACAUUGUUGAAAGAGUUGACCUUUCCCAUUUUCAGAACUAGCGAUUGCUCCAGCUCUUAACAACACCCUGGUACCAUCCCAUGUCAGAGGUUCGGCUGCAGAAGGUGCUGGUUCCAGCGGAGGGAUGAACAACUCAUCAGGCCCAAACAACAACAAUGCCCUGGAUAGUAACAAUGGAGCCCCCGGCGGAUCCACAAGUGGGGAUACUGCAUGAGGAAGGCUAAAUUAAUAACAUAUUUUUGUCCUUUUAGACGAAGUAAUUUAUCAUAUAAACAAACAAAAAUACAACAAUUGAAACAGGUUAAUUUUUUAAAAAACUCCUCUUAACACUCUACAGUUGCAGGAGCCAUUUAAACGACAAUCUUUUGACUGAAGACCUGUUAGACACUUUAUGACUUGAUGCUUGUAUGUGCAGGUAGAUGCUGGAUUCGUGUUAGGCUCUCGUGUACUGGGAAUGAUCAAGUGAUUUGUCUUUGUUGCCAUGGUGAUCAUGAUGGAUCAUUGUUUUUUCUGUUUUGUGUGUGGAUCUCAUUGGUUAGAUGUGAAGUCAUCAUGUUCACAGUUGGACUCAGGUUGUUGUGUCACAAAGUUAGCUGGAGGCAACAUAGUUUAGUUGGCAUCACAUUCUUCAUCAUCAUUUUGGAAUGUUGUUCAUAAAUACAGAGUAAGUCAAGUUUAUCAAACCUUUAAUAAAGGCUCAAGUUUUUGUGGGUAUUUUAAAUUUGUUUUAAUAAUGAUCGUAAUUUAAUUGUUCACAUGUGUACAAUUGUUAUUUUAAAUAAUACUUACUUCUGUUGUUUUUUUGUUUUUUUAAGACACCAAAAAAGAAUAUGACAAUCUUCAUUAGUUGAAUUAUUUUUUAAAAUGCAAAGAAAUAUGAUGAACUCCAGAAGCUAGUCUGUACCAUAUCUGUGAAGUAUGUAAAAAUAAUUUUAUUACACAAUUGAUUUAGCCAUAUUAAGACCAGGAAAAACACUCAACAUCAUUUCAUCUCUGGAUAUAUGGCCAACUGGUUCCGUCAUAAGUGUCAUUGUGUGAUUUUGUUUCGAUAAAAUGCCCAUGCGUUUUUUCUUUAAAAUUUUAGAAAUUGAUUUUUUUAAAAUUUCGAUAACUCAGCGACCAAUAUAAUUUUUUUCUCCUAUAAUUUAUUUGAUUGCUUGCUGAUGUAAAAACAUUCUGUCUUCUGGUUAUUUAGAAGUCCUUGCAUACCUGGAAGCUUAAAAGGCUGUGUGAAUGAUAGAAUAUUUUUGUCGUAAUCUUCAGUGCUUCUAAAUUGAUGGAGUUCACAGUAGAAUUUUGUAAUGGACAUUUUUCCUCUCCCGUUGAUGGGCUUGAUUAAUGAAAUACUAUCCAAAUUUCUCUCAUUAUUCAAAGGUGAAAGAUUAUUUGACUUUUUUAUUAGAUUAUUAAAUUAUUCAUUCAUUUAAUUUUCAUGUCCUAGAGGACUAAAGUAGGUUACAUAUUUUAAAUAAUAGUGAACAUUAAGGAUUUUAUUGUUGAUGCUUUCAAUUUCAAGAAAAAAAUUAAGUUGAUUUGAUUUAUUUUUUCAAAGAAAAAGUGUUCACUAUUCUAAAAAACAAUUAAGUUUUGCCCAUUAGUAUUUAUUAUUUUAAAUUUCACUAAAUUACUUUUGUCAGUUUCUGAAAGUAAACUGCCCAUUAUUUUUAAUUCCGCAUAAGAAUGAAGUUUCAGGAUAUCAUUGUUAAACAAUAGCAAUUCAAGUAGAGUUUGUGAAUUUCAUCUCUCUGUAACAUAAAUAUAUAUUUUAUGGAGUGAAAAAUACAUUUUACUCAAUGUCAAUAUGAAUUGUCUUCUCUUUUUUUUUAACUAAAAAGAAAACAAACAUGUGCAUCACAUCAUGCACUGUUUUUGCUGUUGCUAGUCGUUCCAUGUGAAUAAAUUAACUUGCCAAAAGGGUUGUUGUUUCUUCCAAAAUUAGUAGCACAUACCUUAUGUUGCUAAAGUUACUAUUACCUCUGACUUUUGUAAAAAUAUAAUUUUCUUAUGUUUAUUUGAGAGAAGCAAAAUUUUCACAAGAAAUGACAGAAUCAUGAAACUCAAUAUUUUAAAACUAAGUCAUUGGCAAAAAAUAUUUUAAUUUACACCAAUCAUUAAAGUAAAAUUGGUUAAGGAUAGAUUAUUAUAGUGUAAUACGAUUCAUCUAGUUGCAAGGUUCCUUAAAUUUUUAAAGUAGCAGAUGUGGGGGACUUGGGGUGAUCUCAAAUAAUUGUUAAAAUCCCAUCACUUCUCAAAAUGUACUAAAAUUUGCUUGUGACCAAUUAAUCCAGUAUAACAAGACAUGUUCUUGUAGGAGCCUUUGCCCACCAGUUAAACGCUAUAGUAUCAAACAAUGAUAUAAGACAAAUAAUUCAUCAUGUUAAGCCACCAAGUGAUUGUAUCCCAUUUAAAGUUCUAUUUUUGACUAUUAAAUGUGGCAAUACAACUGAAAACAAUGCUUUUAUUUCUUUAAAACACAUAUUAAAGUAGGUAGGACUGCCCUGUUACAGACAAUAUGUAAGACACUUAACAUAAUCUGUCUAGUACUGGGUUCUCGUUUUUUCUAUUUUAUCAGAGAUAGCAUUAUAUAAUUGGAAGAAAAGAAAAACUCACUCCCUAUUUAAUCAACAGUUAAAUAAUGCUUUUUUUUUUUUUUUAAAUACCGACUCUGUUUUGAAAAAUCGUUAUAAUUGAGACAUCCUUAUAAUCUGUCUAGUACUGGGUUCUCGUUUUUUCUAUUUUAUCAGAGAUAGAAUUAUAUAAUUGGAAGAAAAGAAAAACUCACUCCCUAUUUAAUCAACAGUUAAAUAAUGCUUUUUUUUUUUUUUUAAAUACCGACUCUGUUUUGAAAAAUCUUUAUAAUUGAGACAUCCUCUCUAGAGAUUUACAGCGUUGAUAUUUUCAAUAUUUUUUCUGAAAGCAAUAGUAACAACACCAAGUCUUGAGGCUGUUAAAAAUAAACACUUUUCAUUUUAAAACUAAAAGUGUUAUUACUUAACUAAAAGAAACAGUAUCUCCUUAAAGUUCUAAGAACAUUCAUUUUGUUCACUCCCUCUAUGUAGUGUGACUUCCACCAGGUUCUCUUAAAUGUUUCCUCAAUCUUACAAUUGUUAGGUUUGUCAACUUUAAAAUUUGCUAAGCUUUGAAUGUAACAGUCAAAUUUAAAUUUGUUGUGAUAUCAGUAUGCCCAUCAUGUAUGUCACUGAGGCUGAUUAUAAAUCUAAACUGAACUUAAAAUUAGGUUCUUUAGGUUUUGGCUUUCGUUCAGUAAUGUGGAUCUUGUUCCAUGCUUCUGGCCAAUGAAAAUCAAUGUCAAACCAUAAAGGAGUCGAGGCAUUUGUUUAAAAACAAAACUAACAUUUUACAUAGUUGCACUUCUAUUUAUGCACACAUAUUUCAAUAGCCGUUUAUAUUUAUGAUGCCUCUUGUUCUUGUGUGUAGCAAAAUAAUAGAUAAUUGUCUUUUUUCUCUUCUGGUGUAAAAACAACCAAAAAAAACUAUUGUGAAUAACCCCUAUUUAUUUCUAUUUAUCUGCCUGUUUUUAUUGCAGUGGCAUGGAUUUGAAAGAGCUCUUUGUAGUGUCUGGUCCAGCCUUCUAAUUUAUCACAUUAUCUAAACAUUACCAAUACAGUCAAAGCAGUAUUCUAUAAAUAUUAUAUAUAUUGUAAAACUAUUUUUAGAGUCUAAAACAUUACUUUCAUUUUCUAGGAGCGCCGUCUGUAAACACAGUCCUUUAAAGCAACAUCUUUACAACACAUCACUGUUAAUGGUAUUGAGAUUUUUAAACAAGUUGUUUAUUUUCAACAUCCAGACCCCUGCUUCAAGUAUUCUCACAUUACAUUAAUUGGCCUCACAAAGUGGGUUUAAUAUUGUGCACUGAAGCGACUAAUUUCUUGAGCUCUCAUAUUUAUGAUUACUUCAAUCCUGUCUUACAAAUGCUAAGGCGUUCUUGUGUAUAGUGUGUAUGAAACCACUGAUUGUCAACUGAUCAAGGAAAGUUUUUGAACUUGUUGCUUUUUUCCUCUGUUCAAUUUUGCCUCUUGCUUCCACUUAAAUUCUGAUCUGAACAAAUGUCCGAGUUUAUCAACUGAACCAGUUAAAUUUUGGUAUUGUAUAAACUUGUCAACUUCUUAUUUGGAAUGGUUGCAUUGUGAAAAAAAAAAAUUAAAAAUCUUACAUCCGGCCAUUGGGCAUCCAGAAAUAUUGACUGGAGGUUGGGGGAUCACCAUAAUGAUUGAUACAAAUGUUUCAUGAAGUCAUAUUUUAUAACCUUAUAUGAUGGAAGAUAAAUGACAGGACAAGUGCCCCUCACUUUGCAUGGACCAAGUGUCAAAUUUAGAGACAUAGCUCCCAAAGUUAAACUUGCCCUGACAAAACUCAAAGAAAUUAAAUCCUACUGGGCAAUGAUGAAAUGAAGAUCAUACAAUACAAUUUUUUUUUUAGCAUUUCAUUUGGAAUCAAUUUUAUUCAUUGUCGUGUUUUGGUUAUUUUAUAAUUUUAAUGGAAGCUGAUAUUUUGUAUCCAACUAUUUCAGCUCAGAGAUGUAACCAUUUUUUUUUUAAAAGAAUGGUAUUGUAUUUAUAGUUUUUACAUGUCAGGGUCCAUUUGUUGAAGGCUCCUCCUUGUAAUACAAGUUGUAUCCAUGAUUAUUUUAAAAUAAAAUUAAGUGCUCUACAUUUGACAGUUUGUAUUGCAUCUUUAAAAAAUUUCACAGGGAUUGGUCUUUAAAUUUUUAAAAAACAUCUCAAUUUAAUCCCACCCGCAGAAGGUUCAUUCUGGGAUUUACAUGAAAACAAAGCAUUUAUGGUUGAAAUAAGAUGUCCUUGCUUUGAAGUUAUGUGUUACGACAUGCACUAGUAAAUUUGUGUUUGCAUCACUUUUCCUCCUUAUUUAUAGAGUAGUGAACUAGAAUACAGUUUGAUUCACUUUGACAUGGGUUGGACAUCCUCAUUGAACAGGGAAAAAAACGAAAAUUAUUGAAUUAAAGCAGGGAAAUCUAGUUAACCUAAAUCAAUGCUGCUAAGUUUUAAUGUUGACUUUAAAGGCUUUGCCCGAGAUUGGCUUUUUGUCAGCAAAAAGUGAUGGCUUUAGCUAAUGCACAUUAUCAUCUGCCUUUUAAGAGUCCAUGCACUCAAACCGAAUUCCGUAUUAGCUGUGAAAUUUCAGGUUGCCUGAACUAGAUUUACACAGUCUAAGGCAAAAACUGCCAGAGCACACGUUAAGGGAGAAUGGCAGUUGGCAGUUUUGUUGUUACCAGAUGAAAAGUAUUGUUUGACACGUGUGUUGAUUUGUAAAGGCAGUUUGAUGGCUUGCUAUGAAGAUUGAUGCAUCCAAUAAGGUGUACAUCUUAUGUAUAUUUGUAGAUAUGCUUGUCAUCAACUCUUGUUUUUAUCCUUGAAUGUGCUGUAAGAUUGCAUGGGUCCUACAUUCAUUCUCUGUGUAUCAUUUAAUGUCAUGGGGAAUAACACAUGAUUAUCAUAUUAUAAGAAAUCAGUUUAAAAAAAACAAAAACUUUUGUGUUUGUUUCUGAUUAUUUGUAUACAUAUAACUAAUCCACAUGAAUUUAUCCUAUGAGAGCAGGAAGGAUAGACUCUUGCUAGCAAAAAAUACUGUACAUCUACAGGCUUUUUUCCGGAUUGAACUUUUACUUUAUCGUAGCCAUCAUCAUUUAUUUAAUCCUUCUUUGUAGAUUAAUAUCUUUAAAAUAUAGCGCAAAUUCAUCCAUUCACAAUUAUGAUUACAUCCUACUUAACUUCCUGGUAGGUGGAAAAAAAAAUCAUAGUGUGAUGAAAACUUUUUAAAAAGAUUAGUUCUUAAAUUUUGAAGGAGUUCUUCUAUUAUAAUUAUUAUUUUCAGGACUUUUAAAAAAAAAAAAAAAAAUGUCAUGCAAUGUUUCAACUGCUAAUUUAGACUUUGAUAUGGAACACUUAAUGGAUAACUCUGCAUAUAGCCUUUGAUUUGCUUAGAUAUAUGAAGUACAAUCUAUAAAAAACUUAAUGAUAGUAUUAUAUUUUUUUCUGGCAAGAGAACAUGAUAUAUAUACAUAUAUAUAAUGUGUUUAUUUGCUUUUAGGAGAUUAUUGGUAAGGUGUGAGAGUUGAACAAUUUAGUUACAUAGCAGAAAAAUAUUUUUUUGAUCAGUAAAAUGAAAACAUCAGAAUAACACUAUUUUAAUUUAUUUCAAUAUAAUUUUUUAAAAAGAUAUAAAUAAGGAUAGAGUUGUCUAGCUACCGUAGCAAAAAUCAUUGAUUACAUUACAUGUAAUUUUGAUGUAAUUGUGUGUAUUUUCAUACAAUUGGCAGUGGUUUGAAAAUGCAGGUCAAGUGCAUCCAUGCUAGCUGACUUAGUGACAUGUAAACCAAAUCCAUCAUUAUAUAAUAACUACUAAAUUCAUCACCACAUCUUGCAUACCGGUACCUCAAAAUUAAAGAGACCACUGCUAUUUCACAUACACAAUUUUGGAGCAAUUUAAAAAAAAAAAAAUAGUAAUAAUUUAUUUUUGUAUUGUCAUCUGACAAGUAUUCAUUAUUUUAAAAUUUACGGGCAUCAAUGUUGUUGUUUAGGUAUCAGAAUAUAUAAAGUAAAAGUGUACAAAAUUUAAGCUAAAAAAAAAAUGGAAAAGCUAUCAGAUUC